GCUUUACUGGGGGGGGGGGGGGGGGUAUGGGAUAGCCCUCAGACCCCCCGGUGUUGUUUUACCAAAACGUUUACAACUUGUGCUUGUUCUAUGAUGAUUUUUUAAGGAGGACCAUUGAUAAGCAUUUUUGGGGACAGGGUGGCACCGGGGGGUAUGGAGUAGCCCAUAGCAAAGAAGGUUUUGAUGGUCCACCAUGACUGUGAGAAUCGUUCAAAAACUAUCCAUAAAGAGACACGAAAUUUAUACCAUAGAUUCAAAAAAACAGAAACAUUAAAAGCACUAAGUGGGCCACAAGGCUCCCAAAUCAAUUCAUUUGUCGAGCAAGACAAUGAAACCACUAGUCACCCACUUCUUGAAAGAGUCAAAUGGGGAAGACUUACACAAUUACCCAACUUGCAAAAUUUACAAAAUAAUAUUUGUAUUUCAAAUUACAUAAGCCUACUUAUGAAUUGUAGCCGAAGAGGGGAUCGUGUUACCUUAUAUUAAGGAGCAAAAACUUCCUUGGCGACUUGUGUUGAACGUGCGUGUCUUUUAAGGGUGUUCCGUUACAGUUUCCUGCUCCAUCGCAGAAUUACGAAGCUCUCCCGAAAAGAAUGUGGGUUAUUUCGGCGAUCCUAAUCGUCGCGAUACUGGGACUGCUGGCGUACCUGGAUACGAGGAAGCCGAAAAAUUUUCCCCCAGGUCCCAGAUGGUACCCGAUCAUCGGAUGCGCGUGGCAGCUGAGCAAGCUGCGGAAGGCGACCGGGUGUCUGGCGAAGACGACGGGAGAGUUGGCGGCGAAGUACGGACCGGUCGUGGGGGUGCGGGUGGGUACCGAUCGCAUCGUCUUCGCCUACGGCUAUGACGCGAUCCACGAGUUCACCACGAGGGAUGAGUUCAACGGGAGACCGGAUGGAAUAUUCUACAGGACCAGGACGUGGGGGCAGCGGCGCGGCGUCCUCCUGACCGACGGGGAAUUUUGGGUGGAUCAACGCAAAUUCGUAUUGCGCCAGCUGCGCGAGUUUGGGUUCGGCAAGAAGAGCAUGUCCGACAUGAUCCAAGGCGAAGGGAGCGCGAUGGUCGAAAACAUCAAGAAGAAGAUCGAGGACACCGGUGGAGCUUGCGUUCUUCGCAUGGACGACCUGUUUGGCAUCCACGUUCUGAACACUCUUUGGACCAUGGUGUCUGGGAACAAGUGCACCUCAGACGACAAGGAGAUACGCAGUCUGCAGGUGAUUCUAACCGAGUUGCUCGCAAAGGUCCACAUGGACGGCGCCUUAUUUAGUCACUACCCCAUCUUGCGACACCUUUGCCCAGAUUACUCUGGGUACACCAUGUUCCAUGGGGUCCACAAGCGGAUGUGGAGGUUUUUCGCGUUGGAAAUUCAGAAACUGAAAGCGACGUACAAUCCGUACGAUCUUCGCGGUUUCAUAGACGUCUACUUGAAGAUGCUGCACUCUCCGGAGAGGAAGGAGAGCUUCACCGAAGGGCAGUUACUGGCAAUUUGCGUGGAUCUCUUCGUCGCCGGCUCCGAAACCACGACCAAGACCCUUGGCUUCGCGUUUCUCUACCUCAUUCUUUACCCGGACGUUCAAAGGAAGGCGCAGGAAGAAAUAGACAGGGUCAUCGGUAGAAAUCGUCUGCCGAACCUGAACGAUCGCCCACAUUUGCAGUACGUAGAGUGUGUCGUCUUGGAAUCGCUGCGUAUGUUCGGCUGUCGCGCUUUUAUUAUUCCACACAGAGCGAGCAAGGACGCCUAUCUCAGCGGAUACCUGAUACCAAAGGAUACGAUAAUACUGGGAAGUCUGCAGAGCACCCUUCUGGACGGAGGUUGGGCUAACCCCGAAAUUUUCGAUCCGGAACGGUACAUCAAGAACGGCAGCAUAGAAGUGCCCGAUCGCUUCAUACCGUUCGGGUUCGGCAAGCACCGAUGUAUGGGCGAAACGUUGGCGCGGGCCAACGUCUUUUUAAUCAUCGCGUGUCUGCUUCAAACCUUCAAUUUUACGGCCCUGCCCAGCGAGCCUCCCACGACCGAUUUCAUCGACGGAGUCACGCCCGGACCGAAACCGUUUAAGGCGUUAGUUACACUUAGAUAGUAGGUAUAGUCUUGUUAUAAAAAAAAUAAAAUGUGAUCUCUAAUA